CUGGGAAGCAGCUCGGCUGAAGAGGAUCACCAGGACCGGGUUGGUAAAAUCUCGCUGAACCCAUCGGGGAAUCAAAGGAUCCACGAUGUUUCGAAGAUCAAAAGUGGUGGAGGGGACCGGCACCGGGCAAGUGGGGAUCAAGAAGAAAUCUAAGGUCCCCGGGGUGAUGAUUACACAGUUUAUCGAGACGCUGCCGGAAGGGAAGAGCCACCCAGACUUCACCCGCAAGCCGAUUGCUUUGACCAUCCAAGAGGGAAAGUUUGCUUUUUUUAAAGCCAUUGUCACUGGAGAUCCGAAGCCGGAUGUAACAUGGAGCAGAAAUAAUGGAGACGUGUCGGAUACCUCCAGAUACCAGACCAAAUAUGAUCCCAACUCCAAUGAGCACACAUUUGAGAUGCCAAAUGUGAUGCCAGAUCAAGCAGACACCUAUAAAUGCUUCGCAACAAACGAAUUUGGACAAGCCAUGGUCACAGUUCUUUUGAACGUUAUUGAAGUCGGUUACAAAAAGGACAGAGUUCAGCAACAGCCAGCUGAAGCCAUCGAUGGGAAUUUCAAGACUGUCCUGAAAAGGAGAAGCAAGAUUCGUCCAAAGGCUGAACAGCCUGAGAAGAAAGAAGGCGAAGUAGAUGAUAAGUUUUGGGAGCUUUUGCUCAGCGCUGAAAAGAAGGACUACGAGAAAAUCUGUGCAGAAUAUGGAAUAACUGACUUCCGUUGGAUGCUGAAGAAACUCAAUGAAAUGAAGAAAGAGAGAGAGGAGGAACAGGCAGAGUUUGUCAAAAAUCUGUCAAACCUGAAACCUAUCCAAGUCCAUGCCGACGGCUCUGCAUCCUUUGAGCUGGAUAUGGACCUCCUCGAUCCGAGUAGCUCCAUAUACUUGUACAAGGACGGUGUAAUGGUCCCUUACACAAAAGAGUUGGGGGAUAAGAUGAAACACAGCCUCAAACAAGUCGGAAGAAAGUAUAUUUUCAGCGUGAGAGACCUGAUGCCAGAUGAUGCCGGACUGUACCAGGUGGAUGUCGAGGACGUCAAUAUGUUUUCCACUGAGUUCAAAAUUCCCAUGGUGGACUUCUUGGUGAAAAUUCAGGAGGUGAAGGCAAAAGAGAGAGAGGACGCCGUGUUUGAAUGUGUCCUGUCAAACCCGUUUUCAAAGAUCUUGUGGUUUGGCAAGAAUUUGCCACUUGAACAAGGAGAUAAAUACGACAUUGAGGUUUCAGAGGACAAGCUGAUCCACAGACUAGUGGUCAAAGACUGCAUGAUCGUAGAUAAAGGAAUUUAUUCUGCCUGUGCAGGGAUAAAGUCCUGCAAUGCAUGGCUUGUUGUUGAAGCUGAUAAAGAUGCGCAACAGGGCAAAAAGACUGCACGAAAGAAAACGAGGGCGGGAGGGGCUGGAAUCGACUUGACAAAAAUCGCCGAGGAGCAACAAACCAAAUUAGAGAAGAUCAAAGAAGAGAGGAAAGAGCAAAUUAAAGCAGCACAAGAAGCACCACCACCUCCUGAACCCGUUAAAACUCCAGAGCCGCCAAAACCCGAAGCACCUAAAGCCCCCCCUCCGACAGAGAGUGAACCAGCACCUGUGGCUCCAGAUCCACCAGCGGCCCCAGAACCACCGGUGGUGGAAAGCACAGACCCGGUCAUCACCUGUGGACUGUCUGAUAUUUACGCUCUGCGUGGAAGUCCGGCUGAAUUAUCAGUGAAGAUGAAUGUGGACUGUGAAGGAAAAUGGUUCAAAGAUGGAGAGGAGUUAAAAUCGGGCUCUGGGAUAUCCAUCACCAAGGAUGGAACCGAUCAUAAGUUGUCGAUUCAAAGCUGCCACGACGACCACUCCGGAGUUUACAGAUUCACAUCGGGGGAACUGAGCACACAGGGGAAGGUCACAGUCGGAGGCGUACCUGAGUUUGACCCGGACGACCUUCACAAGUUCUCCAAACCAGUGGUUGUGAGAGUCGGCCAGAACGCCGCUUUCAAGAUGCCCUUUACGCCUCAGGAGUCUUUGGUGGUCAGCUGGUUCAGGAACGGCACGGAGAUCAAAGAUGGAGGCGGAGUCAAGAUUGUCCGGGAGCCCAAUCACAGCCGGCUGCUGUUCAGAGACUGCCUGAGGACAGAUGCAGGGGAAAUAAAGAUCCAGUUGAAGAACCCAUUCGGAGCGGUAGAAGCCACAUCUCAGCUUAUUGUGCUUGAUCGACCCGGACCACCCGAGGGUCCAGUGGAGGUCCUUGAAACCACCUCAUCUGUAAUUGAGAUCAAGUGGAACCCUCCUAAAGACGACGGCGGCUCCGCCGUAACCAACUACAUCGUGGAGCGGCAACAGGCCGGACAGAGCCUGUGGACCAAGCUGGGAGACGUCUCGGCUGACAAGACGUCUUUCAGAGACAGGAAUGUGACUCACGGAAAGAAAUACAGCUACCGCAUCUAUGCAGAAAAUCCUGAGGGCAAAAGCGACGCCCUGGAGACUGCUGAUAGCAUUAUGGCUGGCAUAAUGAUUCUCGCUGGUCCACCUGGCGCCCCCACAGUAGUGAGUGCUUCUAAGACCUGUAUCAAUUUGACCUGGACCCCUCCAGAGGACGACAGAGGAGUACCAAUCAUCGGCUACCAACUGGAGAAACGAAAGAAGGACACAAAUCAGUGGAUUGCCUUAAAUGGUGUCAAUGAACCGAUUGAAGAUGUGAAAUACGCAGUUAAAGACAUCACUGAGGGAGCAGAGUACGAGUUCAGGGUUGCGGCCAUCAAUGAGUCAGGAGCUGGAGAUCCGAGCCCUCCAUCUGCAAUGGUGUGCGCAAAGAAUCCCAACAUGAGACCUUGUUUUAAAGACCCUGAGGACUUCGUUGUUGUCAGAGCAGGAAAUUCUGCCCGUAUUAAAAUUUGCUAUGAGGGUGAACCUCCCCCCACCAUCACAUGGCUGAAGGAUGACGAACCAAUCUCCCCUUGGAUUAGUGUCGUCAAUACUGAGGGAAUGUCUCAGCUUGUUAUUCCCUCAUCAAAGCGCUCAGAUUCAGCCAUCUAUACCAUUAAGGCUAAAAACUCUGUCGGCGAGGCCUCCUUCGACGUUGAGGUUAGAGUCGCUGAUGAACCCAAGACUCCCGGGCCAGUGACGAUAGAGCAGACAGUCCAAGGAAAGGUGGUGGUGUCCUGGACUCACUCUCCAGACCAGGAGCUGGAUGACCGCGUGUACUAUGUGGUUUCUCAGUACGACUCUAACAACAGAGUCUGGAAGACUGUGGCGGAUCGGCUUUUCACCACCACGUACACAGCAAACAACAUCCUCCCUGGGACAGAGUACAUUUUUAGAAUCUACGCCAAAAACGAUGUGGGUCUUUCAGAGCCAUCGCGCUCCCCGACAUGGGGGUUCAACUGCAACAAAGUCCCAAUCAGUUCAAACGGAUUGGGCUCAGCGGCGGUCUGUUUUGAGAGGCCUCCAUCUAUUUUGGUCCCUUUGAAAGUCCACACCCCGCCAAAGGGCUACCAGGUCUACAUGACGUGUGCCGUCCGAGGAUGCCCGACCCCAAGCGUGAAAUGGUACCUCAACGACGUGUGCAUCAACUCAGACAAGAACUACUACAUCACCAACUCACAGGGGGUGUGUUCCAUGUACAUCAUGAGGGUGCGCCCAGCGGACAGCGGCGAAUACAAAGUUGUCGCCGUUAACGCUUUAGGCAAGGCCGAGUGUUCAACUAAAGUUAUCGUUAAAGAGUAA